AUAAUGUGGUAUAAAAACCUCCAAAAUAUUAUUGCCAAUGCCAAGGUCACGUGCGUAGCACAGCAUCUUAAACCCUCCGACAGCCUUAUGGGGCCUGAUUUCCCGGCAAAACCCAAAUCAACCAUCCUCAGCCACAGCACCUGUAACAUGGUGGUGACCAAGCUCUUUCUCAGACCUCAGUCUCUUCUCCUCUCCACUCUCCCCUCAAUAAUCCUCCUUCCCAAAAUAUCCUCGCUCCCCAAGAAAUUAACGAUCCUUUCCCUCUGCAACUUCACCACCACCACUCAACCCCAGAUUUCAGACCCAAAUCUCUUCUUCUAUGGACCCUCCCUCCACAAGGGUACCAACCCUACAAUUCCCCAAUCUCAACUUCCCAUCACAGGAUUCACCAAACCCGCUCACCGUCAACAACUACAGGAAGAAAAUGAAGAAGAAGAAGAGAAUUUAAUCAACGCAGAAAGCUUCAGUAGGGUUUUUGACAUUGCUGCGCUUCGGGUCCCUGCAAAAGACUGUUUUGCCCUAGAGAGCCGCCUCCGGGGCCACUUGCUGAACUGGCCUCGCAUUCGCAACAUCGCCAGAGUCGCCGGAGACGAAGUGGAAGAAGAGCUCGCUGAGCUUCUGGCGAAUCCAAGCAGAGAAGCCGAUGACGAAAAUGCCCUUGUUUCGUUGAACCGCCGGAUGUACGGAAAAUCCGAGGGUGAUGGUGAGCUUUUAAGUCCUGUGCUUUACAGAGAAAAGCUUGCAAAGACAUUCGAUUCGCGUGGAUACGUGAAGUUUCGGAACCUUGCGAAGAUGUCGAGGCCGAACCAGAGGAAGAAGAGGAGGGAUGAGGAAGAUGAAGGCGGUGAAGGGAAGAAGAGAUUGAGGAAGGGUGAGUUCUCAGUGCUAGAGGUUGUGGAUGAUGAAGAAGAAGAAGGGGAAGACUUGAAGGGUUUGUUGGGGGAUGAGUUUGAGGGCAGGAAGAAAUGGAGGGGUUCGACCCGCUUGUUGCUAUUGGACGAGCGGUGCGCGAAUGGAAGCGUGGAGGACUUGCCUGAGGCAAUCAAGGUGCUGAUGAAAGAAAACACUGGGAAAAGUAUGUGCCCUACUUUGGAGCUUGUGAGGUGCAAACUAACUCUACUUUAUGAUUACUGGCAGAUGAAUGAGAUAUUGGAGGCUUUGCUUCCCGAAGGAAUGACUAUUCCUUCAGCCUUUGAAACAGUUGGGCAUAUUGCACACCUAAACCUGAGAGAUGAGCACUUACCAUACAAAAAGCUUAUAGCAAAGGUGGUUCUUGAUAAACAUAAGCCAAAGAUUCAGACUGUUGUCAAUAAAAUUGAUGCCAUUGAUAAUGACUACAGAACAAUGCAACUUGAGGUUUUAUCUGGGAAUCAUUCCCUUGUGACUACAGUAGUUGAAAAUGGGCUGCGCUUUCAGGUUGAUCUAGCAAAAGUGUAUUGGAAUUCCAGGCUUGCAACUGAAAGACAAAGGCUUUUGAACAGCUUUACGCGCAAUGAUGUUGUGUGUGAUGUUUUCUCUGGGGUUGGUCCAAUAGCAAUGUCUGCAGCAAGGAUUGUAAAACGAGUAUACGCCAAUGAUUUGAAUCCCCACGCAAUUGAAUAUCUGGAAAGAAAUAGUGUUCUCAACAAACUUGAAAGGAAAAUUAAGGUCUUUAACAUGGAUGGAAGGAGGUUCAUCAAUGCUAUGUUUGCAAGUGAUAAAGCCAAAUCCAUAACUCAUGUGGUAAUGAAUUUGCCAAAUGACGCUGCAGAGUAUCUAGAUGCAUUUCGAGGAAUAUUAGUAGACAGAUCCAUGGAUGAAGUAUUUACCUUGCCAAUGAUCCAUGUUUAUGGAUUCUCCAAGGCUCAAGAUCCGGAGUUUGACUUUCAUCAGAGAAUAAGAAUUGCACUUUCAGAAGUGGCAGUUGAUGUAGAAAUGCGUAGGGUACGCCUUGUUGCACCAGGAAAAUGGAUGUUGUGUGCCUCAUUCAUCCUCCCUAAGAGUGUCGCUUUUGCAAAACCUACUUUGAAUAUGUAAACAUAGAUAAAGAAGUGAGCUCUCCAGUUUUGUACAUUCACUUUAUUUUAUACCUGUAAAUAUAUUUCUCUAGGCAAACUCAAGGGAUUUUGCUUUUUCUUCUUUUUGGUUUGACUUGAGGCAUAUUUCUUUGGUCCCCACCAUUUGGAAAUCAUAAUUUGUCAUCUCCAUUUCCACUUUCCUGUUUAUCCCUGUAAGUUGUUGAAAUUAAUUGGUGUUGGUUUCUGUUUCAAA